AUUCAUUGCUGUUGUUUUGCUCAUAAAAUAAAUUAAGAAAAUUUUCAACCAUGUGUUGUUUCCGUUCGGUUAGUUUAAAUACUACUUCUUUGUAAAAAUAAAAACAUAAGUUUAAAGAAGACCAUAGAGCAGGCAAUCAAUUAAGGUCCAGCUAAAAAGGUAAAAAUGUUGAGCUAUAAAAAAUUCGAAUUAUUAUUUGCUUUGGUGUUAAUUGUUGUAGAAGUUGUAAAAUCUGACGAUAAAAACUUUUCAUUAGAAGUUAACAAGGAUGUAAAAAGAUUUAUAAAAGAUAUUUUAGACGCUAAAAGUGAAGAACAACUUAUGUCUGGACGUUUUGGAAAAAGCUUACCCGAUGAAGAAGACAUUGAUAAUGAAGUAGAAAAUGAAUAUGAUAAUGAAUAUGAUGACGAAACAGAGAGUCAGGGAAUUAUUAAUGGAAGAUAUGGAAGACAACUACUUCGAGGACGAUUUGGAAGACAAAAUGACAAUAAUGCAGCAAGCAAAGAAAACCAGUGGCUCGGGGGACGUUUUGGCAAAGAAGUUGCUACUCAGUGGUUUAACGGACGGUUCGGAAGAGAAAUUGGAGGACGAUUUCUCCCACGGUUUGCAAGAGAAUUUAAUAAGCCCCAUUAUAGAGGUAGAUUUGGUAGAAUAGCAAAGUUGUAAAAA